AUGCAAAAACAAAUCAUCCUACUAAGCCUGUCAGCUUUGUGCUGUAUUGGACUAACUAUUGCAUAUUCGACUUCGUCUAGUCGUGACUUAAUUUUGGACGAUAUCGAUGAUCCUCAAAACGUUUUAAUGGAAUACGGUCAGAUUGCCCUGUACAUGGUUAUGCGUUUCAUAAGUCCACGUACCAACACGCUGAUUAUAAUGGAGAACUGUCUAUUCUAUUGCGAUCAUCAUCGUCUCUAUCAUUCAACUGUCUUGAAGUUUUUCCUCAAUAAUCUGAACUAUACAAUGGCUACGCAGCUAUAUUUUGGUCAGCCAGAUGAACGGCCAUGGGAUUACAAUAUAGCCCUCCAGGUGGACAUUCCCAAGACAUUCUAUGAUCGCCAAUACUAUUUCUUCAUUGUUUUCACCUGGUUUAUGCCAUAUCGUGAUCUAUAUUUUGAAAAUAUGCGCAAAAUUUUCGAAAUCUGUCGCAAAAUGAAUGUAAAGAAUGUUGUCAUUAUGAUGCAUCCGUUUGCCGAGAAAUCCAUAAGCUUCUACACAUAUUCUCUGUACACUGGAGAAUACUGCAAUACUGAAUUGAUGAUCAGGGAGAUCAAUCGCUAUAGGAAUGGUAAAUUGCAAAAUCCCUUCUUAUUUCCGGAUCAUAUGAGAAAUUUCCAUGGCUGUAAGUUGACAGUUUGUGGUCAUAUCAUAGCACCGCUGUUGACGUUCAAUGGAGAUCGAAACAAUGAGACUCAUUUGAAGGAAAUGCAUCGUUUGGCCGGUAUCGAGGGGCAAAUCUUGAAAAUUGUAGCCUCAACGAUGAAUAUCAUAUUGGAAUAUCGUUUUACAUCGGAUGACUACCACGUUGAGGGGGAUGCGAAUUUUACUGGCUGUCUUGCGGAUCUUUAUGAAAAUCGUGUCGAUAUGGCCAUCGGGGGUCUGGGAGCACUCAUUCCGAACAGCCAGAAAUUCAGUAUUUCUUUUACCCACCACUUCUCACCCUACGUCUUUGUGGUACGGGGAGGACGUCCUUUCGGCCCCAUGACACAGUUGAUGAAUCCACUUCAACUCAAUGCUUGGCAGGCACUUUUAGCUCAACUUUUAAUAAUCAUCGCUCUUAUUUAUUGGCUGGAAAAGAGGGGCAAACGGUCGUGUCGCAACUUCAUACUGGGAGCACACAAUAAAUAUUCCAUACAUCAUUUAUUCGUAACCCUAUUGGGAAGUCCUGUACCAAGCUAUGCUGUACCGAGGAGAAACUUUGCCCGUUUCCUUUUUGUUGCCUGGCUUUUGUGGUCCCUGGAACUGCGUAACUUCUAUCAGGGUAAAAUGUUUGACACCCUUCGACUGGCCAAACGCCUACCCACACCCAAGACUAUCCACGAACUUAUCGAUAAGGACUAUAUUCUACUAUCGUCACACUAUAAAAAUUUUUAUCCCGAAAAUAAAACAAUUAUCAUACCCCAGAACUCUAAACCUUUGACCAUUUUGAACGGCAUGGAAAAUGGGGCUUUUACAACAACAGCUAUUUUAGAUUUUAUGGCAAAUCACAACAUGAUCAAUUUCAAAUCUUCGACCCUUACCUAUGUGGAUGAAAUCAUUUACCUUUAUCACUCGGCCGUGUUCUUUCCGAAACAUUCGAUUCUCUUGCCGAGUUUUAAUCGAAAAUUUAAGUUACUAUCCGAUGCUGGUAUAACCUCGUAUGUGGCUCGUAAACAUGUCCAUCCAUAUUUCCACAACACCAAGGAUCACAUCAACACGGGAGAUGUACGUCAAAUUACCCAUAAAAAUCUGAUUGGAUUGUAUUAUAUUUUCAUUGUAAUGAACGGAAUGGCCUUGUUGUUGUUUCUCGUUGAAAUUGGGACAAAGAGAUCUAAGGUAUUGAAAUGUUUUAUAGAGCGUUUAAAUUGAAUA